GGUUGUCGGCAGUGAGAUCAUGUGAGAGUCCACGCUGGAGAAAGUAGGUUAGCAGGGUAGACUGAGAGGAACGCAGGCAGAGUCACGGCGCUGAAGCGGGGUCCGAACAUCGCUCCUUCAUUGUGGGACUAUUCUGUCAAACGGGAACAAAGUUGAUCCAAAUUUGUUCGACUGCGCGCAAAGGAAGGCUACAAUGCGAAGCGAAGCGACUUCAUUCCCUCUUUUAUUCUCCACGGACUUGAUCGAGCGAUAGAAAGAGGAGUUGCGGACACUUUCUGCAUUGGUUAUCAUUUUCUUAUUAAACCAGAUUGCAGCCAGGAGUCCCGGUCAUAUUUUUGGGCCAGUUUCUUCUGGCUCCGGCGCUUUUUGCACCUCUGUCCCGUCACCUUCACUUACCCCAUGUAGCCGAGUCUCUGCCGCCCUGCCCACAUUAAAGAAAACACCAAGAUGAGAGCACAGAUUGAGGUCAUCCCCUGUAAGAUCUGUGGGGACAAGUCCUCAGGAAUCCACUAUGGAGUCAUCACCUGUGAAGGCUGUAAGGGUUUCUUCCGUCGCAGCCAGCAGAACAACGCCAUGUACUCUUGUUCACGCCAGAGGAACUGUCUCAUAGACAGAACUAACCGAAACCGCUGCCAGCACUGCCGUCUGCAGAAGUGUCUGGCUUUGGGCAUGAGCAGAGAUGCCGUGAAAUUUGGCCGUAUGUCAAAGAAACAGCGUGACAGCCUCUACGCGGAGGUUCAGAAGCAUCAGAAGUCCCAAGAGUGUGUGGCUUCUGGAGGUGGGGGCUCCACCACCCUAUCUUUACCCAUGGAGGAUGGAGUCUGCAACAGCAGCACAGAUGAGGGCGAAGAGGGCCUGAGCCGAUCUUACAGCAGUGGAGGCUCCACCUCUACCCUCAGCGACCUUGAUGAUAUUGCAGCACUGCCUGACCUGUUUGACCUGCCUCUAACCCCCGAGGAGGCCAGCGAGUACUGCAGCCUGGAGCUGCUCGGAGGCGGAGGAGCCAGCACGGGGAACACCUCCAACUCCUCAUCUUCGUCCUCCACUUCCUCGUCUUUGUCCAAUCAGAACUCCCCACAGCAGACUAUGCUGGACACAGCAGACACAAACGGGUUCCAGCUCCCGCAUCCGCUGCUGGGACGCAGACGUCCACUGCUGGACCAUCUGCCCGACGACUGCUCAAUAUCAGACCUUGAGCACAUCACUCAAGGUAUUGUUAAGUCUCACUUGGAAACUUGUCAGUACAGUGCAGAGGACAUGAAAAGAUUUUCCUGGGUUCAGUACACACCUGAAGAAACAAGGGUCUUUCAGAACAAGUCAGCCGAGUGGAUGUGGCAGCAAUGUGCACUCCACAUUACCAACGCCAUCCAGUAUGUGGUGGAAUUUGCCAAGCGCAUCUCUGGCUUCAUGGAUCUGUGCCAGAAUGAUCAGAUUAUAUUGCUCAAAGCAGGCUGCUUGGAGGUCCUGCUCAUUCGCAUGUGCCGCGCCUUCAACAGCAGCAGCAGCACCAUCUUCUUCAAUGGAAAAUUUGCCUCGGCUCAGUUCUUCAAAGCUCUCGGUUGUGACGAUCUGGUCAGUGCAGUGUUUGAACUGGGGAAAGGACUAUGUCGUCUGCAGCUGACCGACGAGGAAAUGGCCUUGUUCAGUGCUGCCGUCCUGCUUUCACCAGACCGACUCUGGCUGACAGAAGGCCAGAAAGUUCAGAAACUGCAGGAGAAGGUCUACUUGGCUCUGCAGCAUAGUGUACAGAAGAGUGGGGCCAGUGAAGAGAAACUGGACAAGAUGAUGUCCAAGCUGCCGACGAUGAAGUCCAUCUGUAAACUCCACGUUGAUAAGCUGGAGUUUUUCCGUUUGGUUCACCCAGAGACUGCCUACAAUUUCCCGCCACUCUACCGGGAAGUGUUCGGCAGCGAGAUGUCUCUGCCGGACUCCACAAACAGCUAGACAGGCAGAAAGACAAACCAGAAAGAUGGAGAAGAGUGUUUGAAGAGGUAGGGGAGCAAAAUGAGAGACAGAGAAGUAUAGAUACGUUUAAAGCUUAACAACCAGCAAUUUUAAGAGACAAUCCAGGACUUUAAAUACUCCGUCUCCCAAAGUAGUCCUUUACUAUCCCAGCAGGCAAAGCACCUUACACUACAGACCACACAUGCUCAUGGCCCUCUGCAUAUUGUAGCAUCGACACAAGCAAUUGGGCCUUGUAAUUACAUCACUGUGGCCCAAACAGCACAGCUCUAAGCUCUCAAACAUUUGACACACCUGAUCCUCCUGUGGAUCAACUAUCUAGUAAUGAAUGUACCUCAUUGAUUAGCACUUGUGCACGAACAAGAACCCAACAACAAUGAAUGUAAGACACUGCCGCUCUGAAAGAGUUUGGCACACUUUUAUUAGCAUGAAGUUAUUAAACGGGUCUAAUUGCGAAUAUAAUUAUUAGUCAGUAUUCCUUCAUAUUUGUGCGUCCCAUUAUGGAAUGCAUGCCAUUCGUAUAGACAGCACCAUUUAAUCCAUCCUCACCUAGGGACCAAUAUCACAGGUCAGAUUUUCACUGACAUAAAAAAAAAAUCCUCUAGUAUAAUGUCAUGAUUUAGUCCAAACUUCGUAAGUUGCACAAAUUGAGGUUCACACACCUUUAUAGUAGAUACUGUUCCGGUGCUGCCUUUUAGGCUCUUGAGAAACCUCAGUCCCACACACCCCUUUCCUUGUAAAUGCCACUUAGUGACAGAGCGAGAUGAAAUUAUCUUUAAUUUAUAUACACAUUUAUAGACAAAUAUUUUAGGUAAGAAUGUAAAUAAACAACUUUUUAAUUGUGUGGAGAGAGUAGGAGUAAGUAAAGACGAAGAGGAGGCACAAAGAUGCGAGGAAAGCUGAUAUUUGGACUCUUAUUUUUUUUUUUCUGGACAAUUUGUCCCUCUUCUGACAGUACCCUCAGGUUUCCGUGGCAACAAGCCUUCCUUUUGUUUUUUGGCUGGAGGACAACCAUCUCGCAAGCGAUGGGGUGGACUUUUCUGGCUGGUGCGACGCAUCAUUGAAGCAGGUGGAGGGGGGUGAGGGCAGCGCAUGUAAGCCGAGGCAAAAGAAGAAGACGCCUUGCCUUUUGAACUGUAUGCAUUCAGUCAGCACCGCUGCCCUCUUACCCCUGCUUACUGGGACAAAAAGGACAAACGGGAAGUGAAAAAUCACUUCUUGAACUGGAGGAUAAAACGGGACAUAAAGGGUCUCUCCACCAGUUUCCAGCCAGCAGUCAGUACAAUAGAAGAACAGUGAUUUAACUCUGUUUCCUUCAUAAUGUUUCACCUGCCUAAAAGUUUGUAUUACAAAGGUCCACAUGUAACCCAAACUCUCUCUGCUGGUUGGUACAACUGUAUUAUUUUGUACAUUUUGGUGUUCCCCUCUCUUCUAGUCCCAACACUUGUCUGAACAAGAAGCACUUAAAACCUUCCUGUUUCCCCACCUGGCAUUAGUCUAAGGCAAGACAGAGCUACCAGCUGCCCCCCUGAGUUGGUCUCAAAUGCCAGUAAGACUUCAGUCACUUUGGUUCAAUAUAUAUAUUUUUUUUAGGUACCAAUCUGUCACUCAAAAUCACUCAUAACUGUUUACAUCUCCAUUCAUCUUCUGACGGCUAAGCAUAGCAGUGAUGAUGAUGUCUUACUUGGGGGGCUCUGAAGUUCUUCAGCAGCGUCUGAGGACCUGCUGCCUGCUGCUCAGGGAGCUAGCUGUGAUCUCUCGUCCCUUUACUACAUGUGUCGUUUUGUAGCCUUGUGCUCCUCACACUUUUGCACCUGCAACCCAUAAUCACUGUGGCCGUAAGUUCUGUUGUGAAUGUUUCCCACAAAUUGUCAAAGUCCUUCCUGUUUGUCCUACUAUCGUAACAUUCGACGUAAGAUGCAUAGAAUUGAAAAAAAAAGAUCUUAGUUAAAGAUUACUUUUGUUAUUUGGGUUUCCUUUGCUGUGAUUUUCAUUCAUUCAUCAGACCUCAUCCCACACCUUUUCUUCAUGUCUCCACUUUUUAUCUUGCAAAGUCAAUAAUGAUUUGCUUUUUCAUAACUGAACAAGAAAGGUUCAAACAGCUAAAAAAUAGUUUUGAUUCCCUUCUCUUCCUCAGUUUGACAAAAUGUACAAGAUGUAUAUUACUAGUCCAAGAGUCACACACAGCUUGAUAUAUAUUGUCCAAUGGGAUACAUUGUAUGUGGUUUUAAGAAUGUAAUAAAUAAAUGGUUUCUUUUUCUUUUAAAAUAA